CUUGAUAUCGAGCUCGAGAGAUGACAGUGGGGUAAGAAACAAAAAGCGGUAUCCACAACUUUUUUGAGGAUCAGGUGUUUGAGAGAGUUCUAUCGGGGUUCUGGAGCUGGUGUUUCAACAACAGCGAACUAUGAUUACUAUUCGAGGUUCUCUGGCGGGGCGACCUGCCCCGCAGAUGGUGACGACAACUGCGCUAUGUCGUGGUCGAUACGGUGCACCUCCAGUGGGCGACACGGUCGUGGUUCCUUGGUGUAGUGCUACACGAGAGGCAAGCGCGUGUGAAGGCCCAUCACGCAGCCCCUCUCGCUCUUCAGCCUCCUCGUCCAGCAGCUCCCGUUGUUCUAGAAGUGCAGCGAACAAAGGCUUAUAUUCCAAUGCCACCCCCACCCCCAGAACCGCGCUUGACGCCGACCGCAGCCUGCUGGCUGCACCUUCUGCGGCGGUAUCGAAGUUGUCGCGCCGCUACUACAAAAGUUUUUCGAAGCCCCCGCGCUCCACCACGCCACGAUGGGUCAAGCGACUGCUCUUGCUCAGCGAGAAGCUACGGCAGCCGAGCAGCACGAAGAUUGACCACUUCUCGGACGAUCCAGCGAAAUCCGCCGGCGCGCAGAACCAAGAGAAGCACAUCGACCGAUUGAAGCAGGUGGAUGUUUUCACGGAGGAGGAGUGCUACCCGUAUUGAAGGGGAAAAUGGGUUGGUGUCGACGUAGCGCAGCUGCAAAAACGAUAGAGUUAGAUAUUAUUCUUUUUACCAUUUUGCAGUACGUACGUAGAUCUCCUGGUGCUUCGGCGCUUCGAGGUUUAGGGUCGGAACGUUCUCAGCACUGCUGAAGCUUAAGAAGAAAGGGGCGUGCACGCCCUGGCCUUCAGUCUGCUCUGCCUUUUAUCUUUUUGACGAUCGCUUUACAAAUCCUCCUUCUUUGCUCUGCCUCUUGUUCCCCGGGCCCAACUGGCACCAAGCAGUUUUUUUUCCCCUCGGUUUAGGCUUAGGUAGGCCGCCACCGCCGCCGGCACGGGAUGGCUGUCGUCGCGACCGUCUCACGUUCGAUCUUCGCCUUCUCCUGCUGCACAAGUUCGAUCCGGAAAGGGUUUAGGUUAGGUUACAGGGUUUAGGAUAUCCACUUUUACCAUUUUGCAGUACACUAAUUACGAGACACAGGCUGCAGCGUAGACAACAUCAACUCCAACUCAUUUUUCUUCCUUGAACACCGACCCGAUGACAGUAGCAAGCACGUCCGAACGAUACAUCCGUUGCUUCAGAGCCAGCGCACCGGGCUGCUGGCGUACAAAAUGGGGAUGAUGAAUCUGUACGAUGAGUGGGGCCAGCGCCACGUGAUUACCGUGGCGAAGUGCGACCGACUUCGGGUGGUACAGAGCAAGACCAUCCAAUCGCACGGGUAUUCCGCGGUGCAAAUUGGGCUGGGGUACAAACCGGUGGAAAGACAACGCAAAACGGAGCUGGGGCAGUUCAUGAAAGCGGGCGUGGGCCCAAAGGACGAGCUGCACGAGUUCCGCGUUUCGCCCGACUGCGUCCUCCCCGUGGGGCAUGCACUUUCGGUGCGGCAUUUCGUUCCCGGGCAGUGGUGUUUUUUGUCCGGCAUAAGCCGCUCGCGUGGGUGGCAGGGCGUAAUGCGGCGGUGGAACUUUUCCGGGCAGAUGCGCGCGAACCACGAGAAACAGCACCGUGCAGCGGGUUCGGUGGGGGCGCAGGGCGACGGAAAAAUUUGGAAGGGAAAGAAAAAGGCAGGUCACAUGGGACCGGACCCAAGGGUCAUGAAUGUCAAAAUCUUCCGGAUCGACGCAAGGUAAAUUCUAAGAUGAAUACUUCUGCGGUUGAGUUUUUACAUAUGAGUCUACAACUUUUCAAGACUAAGAGAACUACCAGUUAUACUUUGCAAAACUCUACUUCGGUACCUGCACAUCAGAUCUUUAAGUAAUCGCCGGCGUGAUAAACGAAUAAACAAUGUCUUUAAACCACACAACAUUCCCUUCAGGCGGAACUUAUUGUUUCUGAAGGGCAACGCGCCUGGAAAGAUUGGAUCUGUGAUAUCAAAGUGAAAAAAGCCCCCACCCCAUAUCGGAAGUGGAAGACGCGCGAAUUUGUGAUGCUGUAUUUGAGUACACAAAUCGACUUGUAUUGCUAGAAGGCCAACAGACGAAGCUGCGGCCUAAAUUGCAGAUAAUCUGUCAUGCUGUUUCCCGCUUCCAGCUGCCUCCUGUCAUCCUGGAGCUGCAAGGCUUUCCCACGCUAGACAGCACUACAGUCCGCAUCUUUUGCCUUCUAGCAUCACAAAGCUGAUUUGUAACCACAAAUCUGCAUCACAGAUUUCCGUUUUGAUAUGGGGAGGGGGCAUUUUUCAUUGUAAUAUGUGAUCAAGAUUUCGGACGCGCGGGGAAAGACGAGAUUCAAGAAUGCGCACAUCCGGUUGCCGUACCCGACUUUUGUGCCCCAGACCGGGAUAUGCAUUGCAAAUAUGUCUGGGUCUGGAAGAAUGCAAGAUUUGUCAUGCUUGUCUGGCAUGCCUGAAGAGUUUGUGAUGCGUGUCCAAGAAGAGACCCCGCUGCCUGUCAUGCAAAACGCAGCUUGUCAUGCGGAAUGCGUAACACUAAGCAGCGCAAAUAUUUCUCAUGCUUGGCUGUGCAUUACAGAGAAUUUAUUACUCACAACUCAGCAACAUCACAAGUUUUCCAGAGCCAAACAUUUUUGCAUUUGAUUCGGGAUCGAAUACCCUGUCGUGGUCGACCAGCCAGUCAGGCAAUACGAUCCAUUUCUCUUCCCGGAUCGCCCGAUCUACCAGCCUUGGGACUAGAAAUGAUGGAAGCGUGGUGCUGAGCCUUCAUCAAGCACGACUUCCUUGUGCAUCAAACUGGAAAGGAGUUUACUGAUGUAGCGAGGUGAUCAUGCGGAACAGAGCACAAAAAUGCGAACUCGAACGCCUACGCAGUUGCGGUUGUGCAUCUGUCUUUCAUUUUCGUCUGGUGGAGCAGUUGACGGUAAAGGCAUCGAAUCGCGGCACAGCAAGUGUCCUUGCGAGGUCCCAAU